CCCCUGCAGAGGUCUCAGGCAAGUUCCUGCCCACAAAGGCCAGGGUAGCACACUUCUACUGACAGAACAAGGUUUUGUUAUUAACAUACGGAAUUGAGGGGAAACUGUGCUCUGUGAUUUUACACAUUUGAUAACGUUAGAGAAAUUGGACUCAAGUCAUUGAAAUGAAAGCCCUCAUCUUUACAGCUGCUGGACUACUUCUUCUGUCACCCAUGUUUUGUGGAAGUGGCAAGGAAAAUGUUUCAGACAACUUGGUAAAACCAACCCUAACUAUUAAGACCUUUCAUGGAUUUCCCCCAAAUUCUUUUGAAGAUUUCCCCCUUUCUGCCAUAGAAGGCUGGACAGGAGCCACCACAACUGUAAAAAUGAAGUGCCCUGAUGAAACUGCUUCAACUCUCCAUGUGAAUAACGUGACCAUGGGGUACCUGCGAAGUUCCUUAAGUACCAAGCUGAUACCUGCCGUCUAUAUCCUGGUAUUUGUGAUUGGUGUGCCAGCCAAUGCUGUGACCCUGUGGAAUAUCUUCUUUGUGACCAAAUCCACUCGUCUGACUAUCUUCUACACCAACUUGGCCAUAGCAGAUCUUCUUUUUUUAAUGACACUGCCAUUUAAGAUAGCUUACCAUCUCAAUGGGAACAACUGGGUAUUUGGAGAAGUCAUGUGCCGGGCCAUCACAGUCAUCUUUUAUGGUAACAUAUAUUGUUCCAUUCUGCUCCUUGCCUGCAUGAGCCUUAACCGCUACCUGGCCAUUGUCCAUCCUUUCAUAUACCGAAGACUACCCAAGCGCACCUAUUUUUUGCUAGCAUGUGGACUGGUGUGGAUAACGGUUUUCUUAUAUAUGCUGCCAUUUUUCAUUAUGAAGCAGAAAUAUUAUCUUCCCCAGCUGGAUAUCACCACCUGCCAUGAUGUCUACAACACAUGUGAGAAGUCUUCACCUCUCUUCCAGUUCUACUACUUUAUCUUCUUAGCUUUUUUUGGAUUCUUAAUUCCAUUUGUGGUUAUAAUCUACUGCUAUACAAACAUCAUCCACAAACUUGGAACAUAUGAUCAUAGAUGGUUGAGUUAUAUCAAGGCAAGUCUCCUUAUCCUUGUGAUUUUUACCAUUUGCUUUGCUCCAAGCAAUAUUAUACUCAUCAUUCACCAUGCUACCUACUACUACAACACUACUGAUGGCUUAUAUGGUACCUAUCUCAUAGCUCUAUGCCUGAGUAGCAUAAAUAGUUGCCUAGAUCCAUUCCUUUAUUUUCUCAUGUCAAAAAUUGUAGAUCACUGCACUUCUUAGAGUUGUGAGAUUAUUUUAAGAUCAUGGAAAGCUAUCUGUGAAAACACACAUAGUAGGACAAUAUAUGCAAAGUAUAAGGAGCUCUAUUCUCUAGCUCCACUUUUUUACCUUCUAAGAAAUAAUGCUUCAAAUAUCAAAUGUUACAAAAGUACUAAUAAUUGGGGCUGGGGUUGGGGCUGGGGCUCAGCAGUAGAGCACUUGCCUAGAAUGUGGGAGGCACUGGGUUCGAU